CAACGUUGACGUUCCGUUCAGUUUUAUUUCGUUCUGCUGCCACCUUUCAUAUUAUGUAAAUGAAUACCAACUGUUAACUGGCAGCCUGGUUGAAGUGAGAACCGUUUAUGUACACGCGAAAUUGGCCCCCGGCAAGCGAGAUUAUUGAAGUUAUGAUUCCAAUUUCAGAGCGCGAACUUAGUUAGUCGAAGUUGCUGCUGCUUCUAAGUAGAGGCUUGGACCCUUGAAAGGUGAAAGCGACGAACCUGGCGUUUUGAUUUUGGCUGAUUUUCCGAGAGGGACGAAUCGGGAUAAUGGCUGAGGUUUUGGAAUUAGAGACUGUAGAUGGGCAACGGUCUAGGUUGCUGAACAACAUGGCCCUGGAGUUCAGCAAUAUCUGUUUCAAGGGAGAGCUGAAAAACGAUAAGCGGAAGGUGAUCUUGGAAAAUGUUUCCGGGACUUUCGCGCCUGGGAGACUAACUGCCAUUAUGGGACCUUCCGGUUCCGGAAAAUCAUCGCUGUUGAACAUCCUUUCAGGAUUUAAAAAACACGGAGUCAUAGGAUCGGUGAUGAUCAACGGCGAUUCUCUUACAGAGGAAACAUUCCGAAAUAAGUGCGUUUACAUCCAGCAGGACUGCGAUAUGCUCGAGCACUUAACGGCCCAGGAAACCCUCGACUACGCAUCAGAGCUCAAGAUGCCCUCCCAUAUCUCGUCGAUGGUUCGUAAGAAAAAGGUCAACGAUAUUCUGGAAAUUCUCGGGCUGCGGCACACGAUGACUACCCUGGUAAGAAAUUUGUCCGGCGGCGAGAAGAAACGACUCUCGAUUGGAAUAGAACUAAUUACCAAUCCGCCAAUUAUUCUACUGGAUGAACCAACGAGUGGACUGGAUAGUGUAUCGGCAAUGCAGCUCGUUAGCUAUAUCAAGAUGCUAGCAGCCGAGGGUAGGACAGUGGUUUGCGUGAUUCAUCAGCCAGCCUCCAAUCUGUUUCGAUUGUUCGAUGAUCUGUUUCUGUUAUCGGCUGGGAAAUGUAUCUACGCUGGGCCCAUUGAAGGGAUGGUGGCGACCUUCGGGGAAGCCGGAUUUCAUUGUCCGAAGUUUUAUAACCGGGCUGAUUUUGCCCUAGAAGUCGCCUCGAUGCCCAGCUGCCCGGGACAAGAACUCUUAGCGCUCCGUUUCAACAACUCCGCGGCUUUCUCGAAACAACGUAAGUCCGUCAACGGAGACCAGAACCACCAACAGCCAUCGCCAUAUCGCAACAAUUGCCUGACAAUCCAAACCGGAAGCCAUCGGCGACACUACCCGGUAUCCCAGUGGAAGCAAUUUACCGUGUUGCUACGAAGAUCCAUCCGAUCGUCAACGAGAGAUUUUUUCUUCGCUCAACUGAGAGUCAUUGCCCACAUUUGUGUGGGCUUCCUGUUGGGUCUCGUGUUCUACGGAAUGGGAAAGGACGCUUCAACUGUGAUGACCAAUUCGGCGGGAAUAUUCUUCUUUCACGUGUUUAUUUUCUUCGGCAACUCGAUGCCCUGCACCAUCACAUUCCCAAUGGAAGCGAAGAUCUUCGUUCGAGAACAUCUAAACAACUGGUACUCUCUGGAGGCGUACUACGUGGCUAAGCUUUUUGCCGACUUACCCCUACAGUUCAUCUGUCCAACAGUAUUUCUUACGAUCGCCUACCUUUUAACGGGUCAACCUCUCGAACUGUUCCGGUUUUCAAUGUUCUGGAGCAUUUGCCUGUUGCUGGGAAUGUUUGCCCAAUCCGUCGGCCUACUUUCAGGGGCAGCUUUCGACAUCCAGAUGGCAACAUUCUUCGUGCCCUGCCUGACCAUUCCAGCUCUCCUGUUCUCAGGGUUCUUCAUAAAAUCCUACGAACUGCUAGACUUCCUGAAACCAGUCAGUUAUUUAUCGUUCUUCCGGUACAGUAGCCAGGGAUCGCUGCAGGCCAUCUACGGAUACAAUCGGACGGAUUAUCCCUGCUCCGAGAUUAUGUGCUACUACAAUCGGCCGUCCAAGUUUCUGAAGUUUAUGGACACUCCAGAGACCGGAUUCGAAGUGAACGUUUACUGUUUGCUGGGUUUCAUUGCUUUCUUCCAGAUUCUUUUGUACAUAUCGUUGCGGCGGAGACUUAAGAUUUUUAAUUGACAUAGCUUAAGAAGUAAAGUUAGAAUGUUAUACACA